CUCGAUAAACUGGCUAAUUAGGAAGAAAGCUAGCCUGCUAGCUAACUAGACAACCAGCAAAGGUUGCUAGUUUAUAGGAUUGUGGCGGGAGAUUAUCAGUUAGCAACUAUAUUUAUGUUUAAAUGUUGGCACUAGGUAGUCGUUGAUUGAAGAAUUCCAAGCAGUUGGCGAGAGUGGAAGAAUGGUGAUUCCAGACAGUGGAAGUGUGGUUCAGCAGGCUGACAAUGGUGGCACCAGCAGCCUUAUGGCAAGCACACAGUCAGAGUUUGGGGUCCACCAGGACAUGGCAAGCAUGGAGCUGGAGGAAGUGCGCAAGUUGCAGGAGCUUGUACGGCGCCUGGAGGUCCAGAAUCAGACCCUGCGCAACAGAACGGGCAAGCUUCAACUCAGGGCUCCUGACAGCAGCCUCCCGGCGGGUGGUGAUGGUGGUGAACGGACGCUGUGCGAAGGGGUCACUGCAGACUCUUCAGCCAAUGCAGAGGACACCGGCAGCCUCACUGGUAGAGAAUUUGAGCGGUCCCCCCAAUUGGACAGUAGCAGUAGUGAAGACAUGUCUCCUGUCCAUGAAGACACAAGGCUGGAGGAGGGGGAGGGAGCACUGUCUCAGUGUGCUGGAUUCUUGAGUCUUGCAUGUGGGCCAGGGCAAAUGCAGGGACAGCCUCUGGCUAGCCCAUCUGAAAACUAUGAUUCAGAGACACUUGGCGUAAGUGAUGCAGGCAUGGACAAGUCUGCUCUGGAUGAGGUAGAUGUGCUCGACUUGGAGGACUGUGCUGAGACUGAAGAUGAAGACAGCUGGCUGUACGUGUCUCCUAAGAAGCAGCUGCUGACGAAGCAGGGCCCGGAGUCUCCGCUGAAGUGGUGCAGGAAGGUGCUGGAUCACCCGAGCCCUGAGACCGAGGUGGCCUGCAGGACGCUCAUCAGCCGCUUGGACCAAACCUCGCGAUGGAGGAACAUGUACUGCAGCCCAUCUCAAAGCCCUGCAGGCUCAGUCGAGGCUGGCUCCUCAGGCACUGCUCUGCUCUCUCCUGGGUACCACAAAUCAACUAACAAAACCCUACUAACCUGUGGCAGCUCAGGCUACACCGGCAUGCGCUCUGCCCUGAGCUCCCAAUCGUCCAUUGACAGUGAGCUAAGCACAUCCGAUGACUCUAUCUCCAUGGGCUACAAGCUGCAGGAUCUAACCGAUGUACAGAUCAUGGCUCGUCUUCAGGAAGAGAGUCUGCGGCAGGACUAUGCCUCCAGCUCGGCAUCAGCAUCACGCCGAAGCUCCACGGCCUCACUGCAGUCCCUGAGGUGGGGCGCCCACAGCGACCAGGAGCUGGACUCCCGCAGCUUGGAGGACGAGGAGGAUGGCUGCUCAUCCCUGCCUCGUCGCCUCCACCGGCACGCCGCCUUUCCCCGCUGCCCAUCUCCUGGUGCGCUGCCAGAGCCCAGCCGCCCAGGGGCCCCCCGCGCCCGCGCCCCCACCCGCUCUCUGCCUGUUCCUGGUCCAGAGCUCCUCAAGUUCGCCAGGAGUGAGGUGGAGCUAAGGCACAGUAUGCCUAACCUGGCCCCACGCACCAGCCUGCGCUCCCUAGAGGCAGUGAGAAACAGCCGCAGCAUGGAGGCUAACCUGCAGAGCUCAGGCAGUCGCAUAUCCCGCUUGACCCAGUCCCCCACAGGUGUGUCUUCAGCCCGACUGAAAGGGAGUGGCCAGUCGCCUCUCUCGCUUCGUGCUCCUAUGAAAGCCCUGAGCCCUGUGGGCUCCAUGGCUGUAGCGCGACAGCCUGGGAGAUGCCCCAGCGGUCCUCAGGGAGGGAAUUUGACAGGGUCGCGGCGGGUGCCGUCACCUGGGCCCACUAAUGGAGGGGUGUACUCAGCCUGCAGGACCACUACUGGAGGACCCAGACAAAGCCUGCGAGCAGGUGUGAUGUCUGCCACACCCACAUCCAGAGGCAGGCUGGGCCAGGCACCUAGGAGUAGGUCUCUGGGAAUGCCGAAAACUUGCAGUCCUGUGACAGAUGAUUCCUGGAAGGAUGGUUGUUAUUGAGGCUUCUGCUGUGCUCACUCGCACGCUCCUAGGAAAUGCUGCCAAGGCGCUUCUGCCUUUACAAACAACAUGGCAGAGACACUGGACACUUGAAGCCCAGAAACGCAGACACACUAAAACACUCAGCCCAGAAAGUUUGACCCCAGCAUGAAUCCUCUCAUUUCACUGCCACAAUUGCCUGAGGAAAGCUGUAAAAUUUUUUAUUUUAUUUUUGGUUUUAAGAAUUUGUGUCCUUUAUUUUUAUGAUAACUGGAGAAGCUACUGGAACAAUUGAUGUAGAAUAUGUUGUCUUGUAAAAAUACAUCAAGCUUCUGAUUUGUUGUUUUAACUGCUAAGUCUAGAACUGAAGUCCUAGAUCCUUUAUUGUGGAAAAAAUACUAUGAAUGCUUUCCAUAUGGACUUUUUCAGACUUUGGGAAAGUUUGUAAUUCAAAAUUUGCUGAGUGAAGUGUUGCACUUAGCCAAGAAGGAUAACUGGAUUGCAUUUACAAGGCACAACAAUGCAAUAUAUAUGAAAUUUCCCAAAGCGGGGGUUGUCAAAGGGGGAUUGUCAGACAGAGAGAUGGAGGGGGGAAAAAAUUGUAAUAAAACUGAAGUCACGUCUGUGCCAAGGUACUACUGCAACACUGUUCUUCACAUACAGAUGUCUUUGAAUUCAUGGUUGUUGUUUUUUUUGUUGUGGGUUUUUUUUUGUUUUUUUUUCCUCUCUUUUCACUAUUUGUUGAUGGGUAAAUUUAAGUAAUGAAUUUUGAAUGCUUGCAACAUGAGGGAACAACUAAAUAUGCAAAGUACACAACUUGAUACAGUUCCUGGUUUUCCAAGGAAGUGUAGCAAACUUUCAAUAAACUUAACACAAGUGUAGCAUAAAACCAA